UAUAUUAUUAAUGUCUAUUAUUAUAUUCCAUUCUAAUUAUUUUGUGAAUUUCCAGUUUGGAGUAUGUCUCUUUUCACUGAUACCGGUAAAUCUGAGAAGGGUAAGGUGAAUAUCCUGCAAGACGUGGUGUUGGUGCAGGGAUCAGAGCUACCAGAGAAUAUCGUGGACUUCCUAACGGAAUUCCAUGUAGAACUCCCACUCAGCCCCCUUCCUGGAGAACCUGUGAUGGUGACAACUCCAAGACCUGGAUGUAGCAGAAUGGAGGAUGUUCGUUCAACCACCCCCUCUUCUGAAACGAGCAGCACCAGCAAAGACGCGGAGAAGGGUUCGAAGAGGGCCAACAAGAGAGAGGCAGCGAACGGUAGCGAUAAUGAGUUUGCUGCCCCCCAAUCGAAUAAGAAAAGAGUGUCCGCCGCUAAGUCGAAGCAGGUGGAGCCGAAGGUGAAACCAAAGCAGUCGGAGCUGCGGAAAUAUAUGAAAAUAUGGGAUGAGACGAAUCCUUAUCGGCAGCCGCCGAUGACCUCGACCCUGUGGCGAGCCCCUUCUACGUUGGAUACCACCGUUUCAAAGUCCGAGACGGUCAAUACGAAAAAUCAGCCACCGACGGCAUCGCAGAUGCCAUCCACUGCAUUAAACAUUGAGCCAACCACCACCACGACAUCUUCAGAGACCACAACCGGGCCGCAUAACCUACC